AGAAAAAAAAGAAAAGGACAUAAAGCUAAAGUGAAGCUCACGAUCUGAGGAGUUAAUUUUUAUAUUUCGUACAAUCACCGUGACGCUAGAUUUUCCACACCUUUUCAGCUUUUUCCAAUCCCACCAGUUUCGCAUUUCGCCUAAAUCUCGGCCUACAGUUUGUUGAAGAUCUAAGGCUUCGUUUCCCAAGAACGAACUUGAGUGGCAAGAUUUCGAACUUUAAUGUUCUUGUUGAUCUCUUGAGACCCAUUGGCACAUCAUUAUCACUGCCGUAUGCUGAGUCCUGGACGACUCAGUUGAGCUUGCUCCAACGGCUUUUUAUCUCGAUGUUACUACUUUUCCAUUGGACAAGUUGUAUUCACACGUGGUGCACAGGGGUGAAUGAUAAAUGUGGAUAAAAGCCAUAGUAUUUUUUCUCAGAAAACUCCUCAGCUAGAACGUUUAAACUCUCUAUUUCACAUGCUGUUGUCAUUUGUUUGCUAAAAGCUUAAGGGAAUCUGGAUUGAGAUGAUGAUCAGUCAGCAAGUUUUAGUGACCUAUGCGUAUCUUUUAUUAUAUAUUUUGCUAUCCUCGGGAGUUAUUCUAUAUAACAAGUGGGUUCUCUCCCCCAAAUAUUUCAACUUCCCAUUUCCUAUUACACUUACCAUGAUUCACAUGGGUUUCUCGGGUUUGGUAGCAUUCUUUCUGAUCCGUGUAUUUAAGCUUGUAUCACCUGUGAAGAUGACUUUUCAAAUAUAUGCAACAUGUGUUAUUCCUAUCAGUGCCUUCUUUGCCUCAAGUCUAUGGUUUGGAAAUACUGCUUACUUGUUCAUCUCGGUGGCAUUUAUCCAGAUGCUUAAAGCCCUAAUGCCAGUUGCUACUUUCCUGAUGGCUGUUAUCUGCGGCACUGAUAAACUCAGAUGUGACGUCUUCCUAAACAUGGUCUUGGUUAGUUUAGGCGUUGUCAUAUCUUCAUAUGGGGAAAUUCAUUUCAACAUAGUCGGCACAGUCUAUCAAGUUACAGGAAUAUUUGCUGAAGCUCUUAGGCUGGUUCUAACACAAGUUCUACUUCAGAAGAAGGGAUUAACACUCAAUCCCAUCACAAGUUUAUAUUACAUUGCUCCUUGCAGUUUCGUGUUUCUCUUUGUUCCCUGGUACCUUUUGGAGAUGCCUGAAAUGGGAAUAUCACAGAUCCAGUUCAACAUUUGGAUAUUUUUCUCAAAUGCACUAUGUGCAUUGGCUUUGAAUUUCUCGAUCUUUCUAGUAAUUGGUAGAACCAGUGCAGUGACCAUUCGGGUGUCUGGAGUUUUAAAGGACUGGAUACUAAUUGCCCUUGCAACUAUACUUUUUCCAGAGUCAACAAUCACCAAACUAAAUAUUAUUGGUUAUGCAAUUGCCUUGUGUGGUGUUGUGAUGUAUAAUUACCUAAAGGCCAAGGAUGUAGGUUCAUCCCAAAUGCCUGGAGAGAGUCUUAUCGAUCGAGCAGCAAAGGACCUUAAGUUGGACAAGAAGGCAUCUGAUCUGCAUUUUCCAGACGAUAAUCAAUUGAAUAGCACCGGAGGAAAGAUUGGAAGGAAUCUAAACCAUCUAGAGGCAAAAGGAGAUGAAGAAACACCAUUUAUUCCUUAUACAAAGGGCCUUUCGUCGAGGACAAAGCCCAGCUAACACCACGGCUCAUCAGAUAUCGAUUCCUUCUUCCCUUCUUUACUCAGUCCUAGUUAGAAUGCUCUUGGGUGCUUCAAUCAUUUCCCUGAAAUUUUGUCAUUCUUUACCAAUAUGUCUACUGCAGGAGAUCGACUCUUCGAUUCGUCAUCGUACAAAUGUAGCAAAAGUGUUUGUAGUUAAGCUUCAUUAGGUGUUGUAUGUUGUGAUGGCAAACAGGUAGUAGUUUGUGAAGCCUUGUGUUCUCAAUGUUUUGUCACAUUAUCACCUCCUAUGUUCUACCACAAAGUUUUGGAAAUAUUCAUGGUGCUGAGGUUAUUCAAUUUCAACACUACUUUUAAUCAAGUUUUGUUUACUUGCCAA